GUGACACGCACCAACUCCUAGCCCUCUCCGGGGAAGGCUCCAUCCCAGCUCCCCGGAAUGCUGGGCCGGGACGGCGCUCGGCGCCUCGGCCGCGGGUCUCGAACCGGCCGCUCGGCACUCGGCGCUGCGCCUCCCUCGGGCAGCCGGGGCCCGGCGUGACCCCUGGUGAACCGCGGCCGCCGUUUCCCACCCCUCCCCUCCCAGCCUCCCUUCCCGUUUCACCCCGCCCCUUCCCCCCUCCCCAAGCCUGACAGCCCCGGAGCUGCCAAGCGGGGCGCAGCCAUGGGAAGAGGAGGCGGGCUAGGGAGCGGCGGCGGCGGCAGUGGCGGCGGCUGCACCCGCGACGACGGCAACCGCUGCUGAGCCGGGGCAGCGGCGGGGACCCCGGGCUGGGGCCACGCGGCCCACGAGCCCCCGGCACUCUCGGCCCCGACGCGGAUUCGAACCCGCGCUUGCUCUCCGGAGUGGAGGAGACUCAGAGGUCGUACAGGUAUGGAUCUUUGGCAGCUGCUGGUGACCUUGGCAGUGGCAGGCUCAAGCGAUGCUUUUCCUGGGAGUGACGUCACGCCAACUGUCCUUACCAGAGCACUCCAGAGUCUGCAAAGUGUUAACCCAGCCCUGCACACAAAUUCUUCUGAGAAACCUAAGUUCACCAAGUGCCGUUCACCCGAACUUGAGACUUUUUCAUGCCACUGGACAGAUGGGGUUCAUCACAGUUUACAGAGUCCAGGAUCCAUACAGCUGUUCUAUAUUAGAAGGAGCACUCAAGAAUGGAACCAAGAAUGGAAAGAAUGUCCUGAUUAUGUCUCCGCUGGAGUAAACAGCUGUUACUUCAACUCAUCUUAUACCUCCAUUUGGAUACCCUACUGUAUCAAGCUAACCAGCAAUGGUGGUAUGGUGGAUAAAAAGUGUUUCUCUGUUGAGGAAAUAGUGCAACCAGACCCACCCAUUGCCCUCAACUGGACUCUACUGAACACCAGUUUGACGGGGAUUCAUGCGGAUAUCCAAGUCAGAUGGGAACCACCACCCAAUGCAGAUGUUCAGAAGGGAUGGAUUGUGCUGGAAUACGAACUCCAGUACAAGGAAGUAAAUGAGACCCAGUGGAAAAUGAUGGACCCCGUAUUGGCAACAUCACUUCCUGUGUACUCAUUGAGACUAGAUAAAGAAUAUGAAGUUCGUGUGAGAUCAAGACAACGAAACUCUGAAAAAUAUGGCGAGUUCAGUGAGGUGCUAUACGUAACAUUUCCUCAAAUCAGCGCAGUUAUAUGUGAAGAAGGUAAAAUAAGACAUACAAUAAUAGCCAAUUUCGAGAUUCCCUGGUUCUUAAUUGUUAUCUUUGGAAUAUUUGGACUAAUGGUCAUAUUUUCUAAUCAACGAAGGAUAAAGAUGCUGAUUCUGCCCCCAGUUCCAGUUCCAAAGAUUAAGGGAAUUGAUCCAGAUCUGCUGAAGGAAGGGAAAUUAGAAGAGGUGAAUACAAUCUUAGACAUUCAUGACAACUAUAAACCUGAAUUCUACAAUGAUGACUCUUGGGUUGAAUUCAUUGAACUAGAUAUUGAUGAUCCUGACGAAAAGACUGAAGGAUCAGAUACAGACAGACUCCUAAACCAAGACUAUGAUAAGUCACUUAAUAUCCUCGGGGCAAAAGAUGAUGACUCUGGACGUACCAGCUGUUAUGAACCUGACAUUCUAGAGACUGAUUAUAAUGCUAGUGACAUGUGUGAUGGUACCUUAGAGCUUGCGCCAAAGCCACAAAGGUUAAAAGAGGAAGCAGAUCUCUUGUGCCUUGACCAGAAGAAUCAAAAUCAUUCACUCUCUGAUGAUGCUCUCUCUUCUACUCCACGCCUCAGUGUAACCUUAGCACAGGAAAAUAAACCAAGACCACUUGUUACGGGUGGAACUGAAUCAACUCAUCCAACUACUCAUACUCAGCCAAGCAAUCCAAGUUCACUGGCAAAUAUCGAUUUUUAUGCCCAGGUAAGUGACAUUACACCAGCAGGGAGUGUGGUUCUUUCCCCCGGCCAGAAGAUUAAGGCAGGGAUAGCCCAGUAUGACAUGCAUCCAGAAGUGGUUUCGCGCUCCCAAGCAAACUUCAUCAUGGACAAUGCCUACUUCUGUGAGGCUGAUGCCAAAAAGUGCAUCACAGAGGCCCCUCAACUAGAGGUCCAAUCCCGUGUAGAGCCAAGAUUUAACCAGGAAGACAUUUACAUCACCACAGAAAGCCUUACCACUACUGCUGGGAGGUCUGUGACAGCAGAACUGGCCCCGAGUCCUGAGUUGCCUGUCCCAGACUACACCUCCAUUCAUCUAGUACAGUCUUCACAGGGCCUCAUCCUGAAUGCAACUGCUUUGCCUUUGCCUGAAAAAGAGUUUCUCUCAUCGUGUGGCUAUGUGAGCACAGACCAACUGAACAAAAUCAUGCCAUAGCCUUUCUUUGAUUUCCUGUGAGCUAUGUAUUUAAUGGCUGGGGCAUGAAUGCUUAAACCAAAAACAUUGUUUAAACCUUUUGGGGAGAGGGAGGGGGGGUUAUGGAUCCUAAAUGCCUUUUCCUGAAAUGUUGAAACAUGAUAUUAAAACAAACAAAAAAAAAGAAGAAUGCUUAAUCAGAUAGCUAUUCCCUAUUGUGAAUUGUAAAUAUUUUAAAGAAUUGUCUCAAAGACUGUUUAGUGGCUGCGAUUGUCUUGUUACUGUGGGUGUUAAUUUUGUGAUACUAAACAUUGAAUGACUAUGUUUUUAAUGUAUAUUAAAUCAUGCUUUUUGAAAAAGCGAAUUAUCAGGUGGCAUUUGCAGUUCAGGAAAAUUAAAUGCAAAUCAUAGCACAAUUUGAUUCUUUUUAAAAUAAUUAGGAACUAAACUUACAAGUCAGAAGGCAAAAAACAUAGUUUGGUAUGUAAGAACAUUUAUUUUGACAUAAAAUUGAUAAAGAUAUUUUUAAUAAUUUACACUGCAAGCAUGGCUAUUUUGUAUUACACCACACACUGUGUCCUGUAGUUCAUGCGACCCAUCUAAAGAAGGUAGCAACUACAGUCUAAAGUCGGCUCACUGCUUUGGCCAGUGAACCCAGAGGAAAAUAACAAACAAGUUAGUUUUUUACAAAGUCCUUUUUAUAUCUCCCCAAAUUCCUUAAGAAAUUUUAAAAUGAUUGUAGUCCUCUGCUUUGUUGGAACAAGCUUAUUAGAAUUUUGAAACAAGCAUUUGUUGAUCUCAAAAUAUUUAAAAUGUUUGCACAGGUCAACUUACCGUAAACAGAAAAAACAAGCAACCCUUUCUUCCCCAAGUUUUGGUUCAUGUCAGAGAACAAUGUACCAAGGGAAGGGGAGUAAGAGUUGGCUGCAGUGCACAGACGCAUGCCGCGGGGCGGCUCCACGCUUGCGUGUGGAGCGUCUUUGUCUACCAGGAGUGUUGUGUGCAAAACCAGAGCGAGUAGCCCGACCACCUCUGCCUGGUGUGCCUCAGAGAGAAUUUGGUUUGAUUUCCUAGUUACCUAACAAGGAAAUACGGUCCAAGAAGCAUCUUAUGAGUCGAAGCAUGUCAAAAUGAAGUUAUCCAGAGAAUGAAAUAAGUUCAAGAAACAGGGUUUUGUUUCACAGCCUAUUGCCAGACAUGCUUGUUUUUCAUGGUAAUGAGAAACACAAGAAACGAGCUUGAAACCAUCACCACCCCCCAAGCUCAAAAUUUCCUUAUGCUGAGAGCAAAAACGUUCUUCCUUGUAUAUGAUUUAUUUAGAGAUAAAAUGAAGCUUCAACAUUCUUUAAUUUCCUCUCUUAGAAGACUGGCUUCAAAGCAGAUAGUCAGUGAGAAAUGAAGAGGUCUGUGUCGUUUUUAAUUUAUAUUUCAACCCCCUAAGAACUUAAACAUUAUUCUUUGGAGCCUUGGGAUAACUUCACCCAAAAUCUUAGCAACAAGAAAAGAAUCUCAUUUUGCUUAAGAACACAACACCUCUCAACAUAAAAAAAAAAAAAGAAUUUUUUUCAAAGCUUCACAAAAUGUUAAAGUUAGCUUUAACUUAAAGCUAAGCCAUGUGACAUCAAGCUCAGACCAUUGUAGGAAACAAACUUUCUGGUCUUUUUUAAAAAAUUUGUUUCUUGCAAGAAGGACAAGUGAGCAACUAGAAUUGUUUAAAGUUCAACAUGUUACUUUGUGAUAGAUGUUUAUAAUAGAAUUUCUGCUACCUUGCUGCUAUGGUUUUCUCUCAAAUACAUCAUUUCAUAUAAAAUUUCAUCAAGUAGAACCUAAUCCAACUUAAAAAUGUGUGUUUGGGAAAACUGUUUCACUGAUUCUCGAUAGGCUGACAACAUUUCAAUAGCCAAAAAUAGCUAAAUACCUCAAUCCGUUUCAGAAUGUCAUUUUGGUACUUUGCUGGCCACACAAGCCGUAAUUCACUAGUAUGACUAGUUGUGUCCUGCAGUUUGUAUUUAACUUCCUUUGUCUGUGGAUUUUUUUUCCUUCAAAGUUUAAUAAAUUUAUUUUCUUGGAUUCUC